UCAAUCACAAUGAAGAAACUCGUCCAAGACGAUGACGUCAGCCUCACCCUCGCCCUCUCCCUGCCGCCACCGCUCCCUCCUCCUCCUCCUCCUCCGCCCACCGACCCCGCCCUCCCUCCACCGCCCGCCUCCGCCCGGUCGCGGCAGCCGCGGAGCCGGCCCAACAAGAAAAACAAGACCGACGUGGUCGAGCCGCCGUACCCGUGGGCCACAUCCACGCGGGCCAAGGUCCACACGCUGGCCCACCUCCUGGCCCACAACGUAACGACCGUGACGGGGGAAAUGCGGUGCAAGAGCUGCGAGGCCACGUACGACGUUUCGUACGACCUGAGGGAGAAGUUCGUGGAGCUGGGGACCUACAUCGUGGACCACAUGGGCUCGAUGCACCACCGGGCCCCCGAGCGGUGGAAGCGGCCCGCCCUGGCCCGGUGCGAGCGGUGCGGGCUCGCGGGCAGCGCGAGGCCCGUGGUGGCGGCCCGGAAGAAGCGGAUCAACUGGCUGUUUUUGUUGCUGGGGGAGUUUUUGGGUUUGUUGACGCUUGAGCAGUUGAGGUAUUUCUGUAGGCACGCUGGGGUGCAUCGGACGGGUGCCAAGGACCGGUUGUUGUAUUUGACUUAUUUGGGGAUCUGUAGGCAGUUGGAUCCUCAUGGACCGUUUGGAUCCACGAAUAACAAUUGAUCACUAACGAUUUUCGUGAAACAGAUGGAAAUAUGGAAAUCAUGGAUUUGUGAUGUUUUAAGUGAAUUGGAAUUUGAUUCGAUCGUUCGAGAUAUAGUACGUGAAUUGGUAGAUCGGUGGUGUGUUAAUCUAGUUACGAAUUGUAUGAAUGUUUUUUUCGUUACAGAAGUUAACUACUUACUAAUUAUGUCUUUAAUUCGUUAAGAGUAAUUGUACGGAUUGGAUGAGACCAUUAAACCAAAAAAAUUUAGCUCUUCUCAUUUUCGAAUUGGAUAUCAUGAGUAUCAAUGUAUGGAUAAGAAGACAUAAUGCAAUAGAACUUUGAAAACAUU